ACAAAGAGACCAGAGGAAUUUGAACAGAUGAACACUUCUCUCAUUUUUAUUGGCUGUUAAAACGAAAACAGACAGAAACUGCCAAUCAUUUCAACCCCUUAAACCACGUCCCGUCACUGAGGUUGUUCAAACAGCAUUAGUCGUUUUAUUGUACUCCAGUCUAACUACGCUGUACACAUUUGUGUCUUUGUUUCAUAUGUAAGCAUUUAGCCUGCCAUAUGUGGCAAUUGACUCGUAAACUUGUCUCAAGAAAAGAAUAAUCAUACCUCAGAAGAACGCACAGAAAGUGUGAGUGUGUGUGAGAGAAGGGAGAUGGAGAGUACAUUGAAGGAGCAGAGAGGAGGAGAAUCGGUUCUGGACCUGAGCCCAAGAUCGACGGUCGGAGGGGGAGUAGAGGAUGUCUACGGCGAAGAUCGUGCCACCGAGGAUCAGCUCGUUACUCCUUGGACUAUUUCCGUUGCUAGUGGGUAUAGUUUGCUGAGAGAUACACAUCACAACAAGGGGCUAGCAUUUACGGAGAAAGAGAGAGAAGCACAUUACUUGCGCGGUCUUUUGCCUCAGGCUGUUAUAUCACAAGAACUUCAGGAGAAAAAAUUAAUGCAUAGUAUCCGCCAGUAUGACGUUCCUCUGCACAAAUACAUGGCUAUGAUGGAACUCGAGGAAUAUUACGACUUCUUACAUGAAUUCAUGACUGCCGUAAAGCAAAACUAUGGCGAAAAAGUUCUUGUACAGUUUGAAGAUUUUGCAAAUCACAAUGCUUUUGAGCUGUUGGCCAAAUAUGGCACUACUCAUUUGGUCUUCAACGAUGAUAUACAGGGAACGGCAUCUGUUGUGCUUUCCGGGCUAGUCGCGUCACUUAAGCUACUUGGGGGUACCUUGGGUGACCACACAUUCUUGUUUCUUGGUGCUGGAGAAGCUGGUACUGGUAUAGCAGAGCUUAUAGCCCUUGAAAUGUCAAAGCAGACUAAAGUUCCACUGGAAGAAACCCGUAAAAAGAUUUGGCUGGUAGACUCAAAGGGUUUAAUAGUUCAUUCCCGCAAGGAAUCUCUUCAACAUUUUAAGAAACCAUGGGCUCAUGAGCAUGAACCUUGCAACACACUCUUAGACGCUGUCAAGGCUAUCAAGCCAACAGCUUUAAUUGGAACAUCUGGUGUUGGAAAAACUUUUACAAAGGAAGUGGUUGAGGCUAUGGCUGCUUUCAAUAAGCAACCUCUUAUUAUGGCUCUUUCCAAUCCAACCUCUCAAGCUGAGUGCACUGCUGAAGAAGCUUACAGAUGGACUGAGGGUCGUGCAAUUUUCGCAAGCGGAAGUCCAUUCGAUCCUGUAGAAUACAAUGGCAAAACUUAUGUUCCUGGCCAGGCUAACAAUGCUUAUAUAUUUCCUGGACUUGGUUUUGGUUUGGUCAUCUCUGGUGCUAUUCGCGUGCACGACGAUAUGCUCCUGGCAGCUUCUGAAGCUUUGGCUGGUCAAGUAACACAAGAACAUUAUGAUAAGGGAAUGAUUUACCCUCCAUUUUCCAACAUAAGAAAGAUCUCAGCUCAUAUUGCUGCUAAUGUAGCUGCUAAAGCAUAUGAACUCGGUGUGGCAACGAGACUUCCUCGACCUGUGGAUUUGGUCAAGUAUGCUGAAAGCUGCAUGUACACUCCAAAUUACAGAACAUACCGUUGAAUCUUGGUUGAUUAUGGAUUGAUGAUCACUUCGUAUCCUGCUCACCUGCUGGUUUCCAAAUUUAUAUGUGUGCUUUUGCUGUUUAUUAUUGUUAAGUUACAAAUAUUACGAGUCUCCAAUAAUAUAUGCUCACUGAGGUUACAAGAAUUGAGUAUUCUUGUAUCUCAUCUCCUUAAAUAUUCUUCUCCUUCGUGUACUAAUGACAAAACACUAUUGGCAUGCUUGCUAUGAA